AUGGAAUUCCAAGGCUUUCCCCGUAUCCACAGUAUUUUCUAUGCCCUCUUCGAUGUCCAUAUCGGCAGUGUCGUUCGACAUCAAGUGCCAGAAGGCAGCAUUGCCGCGCAUGAACCUGGCAGCGAAAAAGCAGCGACAUCGGCCAACAACCAUACUACUACGACCACCGCGUCCACCAAGACCAGCAAAUCGUUGAUCGACUUUGACACAAUCCGAGAGUACAUUAUCCCCAAGCCGCAGCUGUAUAAACGCCUCGUCACUGUUUCCAUUGACAAGUACAAAGUGCUUGGGUUUCCUGUCGCCAUUCGCAACCACGAAAAGUACGAGCAAAUUCGCAACGAGUUCCGAUUCAAUCUUUGCUUUGUCUUUGAACGAGACGCUGAAACGAGCAGCUAUGAGGGUGUUGUCAGCAAACUGGCACGUGUUCUUGAAGUGUUGGAGAUUGAAUGCAACUUUUUAUCCGAGGAUGCCAAACCCGACAGCCAGACCAAUGCAGUGCAAAAUAUCAUUGAACAGCUCUUUGAGGACUUGAAUAGCUAUUGCGAAUGCCAAAUACCCAUUAAUGCUUCAAAUACCAUCAAUCUCAAGCUAUUCCCAACGUACCCCAAUCCUCCUGUUGUGCAUGAUUAUCAGGUACCUGUCAGCACAGUCGACCUCAAGCAAAUGAUCACACCGAAUUGGGACCUCACAGUGCAAAAGAUUGCUGCACAUAUCAAUGGAAUCCACCACGUGAGAGGCGUUGCCGAUAGAGCCAAUGUCAAAGCACAAUGGGCGCGACAAGCAAUACAACAUCUACUGUAUUAUGGAUGCAUCAUUAUGACCGACAUCUUCCAAUUUUCGAACGUUUAUGCUGUCAAACAAGAGAUCACACGUAUGCUUGACGAAAACAAUGGCUUGGCUCAGGAAUGUUUACAAUAUAUCACGCUACCGAAUGCUACACCACCUCCUUGGCCACGCGUAUUCGCUCUUUAUUGUGGUUUACAGUAUGGGUUAUCUGUACGAGAUUGGAUCGCGGAACAUCAAGUAGCAACAUUACCCAUCGAUGUCAGGCGCUUUAUAUCCUUUGGCGUCAUCAAAGGCUUGAUUUAUCGUGUCCACAAGUACCCGAUUCUUACACCUCUCGAUGCAUCCAAUGAUACCCAGCUCGGCUUGCCACCCAAAGACCAAUACGCAACCAUUAUCAAUGCCAACACAGGAUCUCAUAUUCAUCCAGAUAUCAUUCCCUAUCUCGACGGCUUACACCAUUACGAUGAAAUUUGUACAGCAUUACGAUGCUCUCCUCAGGAACUUGAUGAGCAAUUGCAAGGAACAUCCGACAAUGCAACAUGGCGAUCAUCCUCUAAUCGAGUGACUAUAUCAGCAGCUGACAAUAAUACGGAGCGUUAUCGUGGUGAAUAUGAGCAACAACACCAGCAAAACAUGGAUGACGCUGAUGAAGAUUUCGAUACUUAUGACAAGGCACGAUGGACCGUCAAGUUCAUUUAUCGGUAA